AUGCCGCAGAAUGAGUACAUCAAAGAAUCUAUCAAGCGCUUCGGGCGUCGUUUCGACCAUGAAGAGCGCAUGCGCAAGAAGAAGGCACGGGAACCGAAGAAGAUUUCCAAGACUGCUCGGAAGCUUCGAGGAAUCAAAGCCAAGCUCUUCACAAAGAAGAGGUAUUCAGAGAAGGCAACCAUGAAGAAGACGAUCAAGGCUCAUCAGGAAAAGGACGCCAAAGUGAAGGACGCUGAUGAGGUGAAACCUGGAGCGGUCCCUGCGUACCUGCUGGAUAGAGAGCAGAGCCGGAGAACAAAGGUGCUCUCUAACAUGAUCAAGCAGAAGCGAAAGGAGAAGGCAGGCAAAUGGCAAGUGCCGAUACCCAAGGUGAAGGCAAUGACAGAGGACGAGAUGUUCAAGAUCCUUCGAUCGGGCAAGCGCAAGAAGAAGGCUUGGAAACGCGUCGUGAACAAAGUCUCCUUUGUUGGUGAGAACUUCACGCGAAAGCCUCCAAAGUUCGAAAGAUACAUCCGGCCAGCAGCCUUGAGGUUCAAGAAAGCGCACGUUACGCAUCCAGAGCUGAAGAUGACGUUCUGUCUGGACAUAGUCAGUGUGAAGAAGAACCCGCAGUCUGCCCUCUACACUUCUCUGGGGGUCAUCACGAAGGGAACCAUCAUAGAGGUGAACGUUUCCGAGCUUGGCCUAGUAACUCAGACAGGAAAAGUCAUUUGGGCCAAGUAUGCGCAGGUCACCAACAAUCCUGACAUCGAUGGCUGCAUCAACGCUCUAUUGCUUGUCUGA